GAAGAGAGAAGAAUGGAGAGCUGGGUCCGUCUCCGGCUGCUCCAAGUCCUCUCGCCUUUGGGUUUUGGCAAUUUUGGGGUGAGGGGAGUUGAGCUGAGUGAUCAGCGUGUCCCAGCUCAGUCUCCCCUCUGGCCAUCACAGCCCCUUACCGCCUUUAUGAAGAGAAAUUAGGCAACAAAACAUAAAGAACAAGGAAUCUGCAUUCAAACGGGGCUAGGAAAGAAUGUUUGGACAAAAUGAGGUUGAGAAAAUGGACGAGACUGCGAAAUCAAGCCCUGUGGUCUUUGAGACCACAACCAUCACCUUCUUCAUCAUCCUCCUCAUCUGCUUCAUUUGUAUCCUCCUCCUAUUGGCAGUUUUUUUCUAUAAAUGUUUCAGAGGCAAUACCGCUGACGAGCCAGCGAAGCCCCUUUGUCCCGAUGAAAAUGAAGGUGAAGAUUGUUUAUCUGCCAAUGCAGAGAUGAACAAACCCGAAGGCCAAGAAAAGGUCCUACUACACAUCGUAAACAUGGACAUGCCAGUGAGACCUGGCAUUCUUGUCCAAAGACAGAGUAAGGACGUGACGGCCCUACCCUCAGGACACAACAUCAAGGCAGAAGAGGGGGACAAACACAAACACACAUUAGAGCCUCUGGAUGAGGCUCUACAUGAGGAUGAGCAUGCUGACAGCAUACCCGUACAUGGUCACAGAAGUUCUUCAGUCAUUGAAAGCCAAAAAAGACCUUUAAAAGGAGUGACGUUUUCUAAGGAAGUCAUCGUUGUGGAUCUCGGAAACGCAUACCCUACACCUAGAAGCUAUGCUCGAGAACAUAAAGAGAGAAAGUGAA